AUGGUUCCUCCAUUGAAGCAGGACCCCGACGCCUCGACACCCUACGUUAAAUCUGACCCGGAUAACAAAGAUGCUGUUCUUGCGGAUAUAGAUGACGAGGAUCUGUAUGAGGAUGCUGGGGAUCUGGACUUUUCGAACGCGGCGCAGCACAUAUGGAUGUCGCGCAUCCCCCGUUCGCUAUGGGAACACUGGUCGAAAUUUGAUGACGAUGAAGAGAUUCAGAUUGGAACGGUGAGGAUAGAGGGCCAGUCCAAUGAUAUCAAACGGGUCAGUUUGCGCAUCAAUGAGCGCGAAGAUAACCGUGACAUCCCCAAAGACUAUAUCCUGCAGCGACAGACGCUCAACGCGGAGAAUACUUCCCACUCCACCCAAAACACUUAUGUUUUUACCGAGAAGGACAUUGCGGGCCAGGAGGGUCGCAUGGUUGUCUUUGGAGAGGCACGGUCGGCAUUGUACGAGGCCAUGAAGCGAGACGCUCGGAAAAAGGAGAGAAAGAGGAAAUGGGAGCCUUAUGUGCGAAGGACUAUUGCUAGGAGUGUUAGCGAAGAGUUUAACUGCCUUCCGGUCGAGAAUGCCGAGUUUGAACAGCUAUCCACGAAGAAGGCCCUGGAAGCGCUAAAACCGAAGCGUGAAACUGUUUUCAUCGAUAAAGUCCCGGGAAAGCUACUCCAGCACAGGAAUACCUUGCCUGGAGAGAAAGGGGCCUUUGUGCAAGCAACAAGACCCACCAAACUCAAACCGCAGGAAAACAAGACCACGCGUAUGCCGCAAAACGAAUUAUUGGAUCUUAUCUACCAGUGCUUCCGAGAGUACAGGUACUGGCCGUUUAAGGCCCUCAAGGGCCGACUUCGACAGCCUGAGGCGUAUCUUAAACAGACCCUUGAAUUGGUUGCUCACUUGGUUAAAUCCGGGGAUUUCGCCAUGACCUGGGAACUCAAGCCGGAGGCCAAAGAGAGCAGCUACGCAAAGGCUUGGGCGUACGGAGACGCCAAAGAAGAGCUCGCACCCGGCACUGACUACAACUUUGACGAGGCGUCUGAAGAGGAGGCUUCUGGCAUGGAUAAUGACGAUACACAGUUUGAGAAUGUUGCCUGA